AUGCGUGCUGGGACGUCGGACAAAGCCAAGCUCUGUGCAGCUCAGAGCGACGAUACCCAUUGCGUUUGCAAGCUGAGUGGUGAACGGCCGCUGGGCGUGCUGGGACGCAUGUUGGCGGCACUCCCCCACUCCAAGAAAGCGCAGGCGCUGCAGAUUUCCAUGGAGAACUGCCCGGAGGGGGUGCCGGACCUCCUGGCUGGCACGGUGCUGGCAAGCCUCGUGCUGAUUCUUGGGGUGUCCGUCCGGAUGGUGUGCAUGUCUGCGGCAAGCGAGAAGCUGGAGGAACCCAAGCCGGCGACGCUAAAUCAGAGUUUUGUCAGGGUGAAGAGCCCGAUGCAGAACUUCCUCAGCAGCUACUCCUGGGCAGCCGGCUUUCUCCUCUCCUUGAUGGCCUUGCAGACGGGAGCCUUGGCAGUGGUCCGGAAGUCCUCCGAAGAGGAGGCCCCCGUGUGGAUCGUCGCAGCCUGCCCUGCCGCCCUGGCGCUUGCGGCUGCCCUGCGCCUGUCGCAGCUUCUCGUGAAGAAGCAGUUGGUGCACGCGUUCCUGAAGUGGGACGUGAUCAUCACCGAUUUGCCGGAUGACGUUAUCCUCGACGCCGUGCUCGUGGUCGCAAUCCUGGCGUACUUCCUCUUCAUCCUCUACCUCGUAAGCAUCGACCUGCAGACACUGGUGGUCGCCUUGACAGCUCUGGGCAGCGCAUUGUGGACCGUCCUCAAGGCCGUGAGCACUGCGCGGGACCUGGACAAUAGUCUCGAGACCGUGGAGAUGGGCUCUUCGUGCCUGGUAGCCGGCACGGUAAGGCUCGAAAUGAAGCCACUGCCCUGGGCCACGCUGCUGGCUCUCAAGGAACCGCAGGACCCCGUGCUUGUCGCACAGAGAGCAGUUCACGUGGAGUAG